AUGCGGGAGCGGAAUAAACUCGCUGGCAAAGCCCGCAAUAAGCCGGAGUUGGGGCUGAGCAAAGGGGAGCCGCCGGGCUCCAGUCAGCGGCCACUGCCAACAGCUCUACUUCCGCUCCUGCGCCGUGCCGGGUGCCCGCCGCGGGGUUCCGCUGUGGUGUGUUUUUGUGCUUUGUGGUUUGGCCUCCUCUUAAUUUUUUUUCUUUGGCUUGCCGUUGACCGCAGCGGGGCCGUCGAGGAGGUGCACGGGAUGCAUCGCCCUGCCCCCCACACGCCGCUGAGGGAGAGAAACGGCAGCCGCAUCAUGGAAGGCGGGGAACAUCAUGUGACACUUGUCAUGCCAACCAGUGGCGACACGCUGGAGCUGGUUCGUCAGUCACUGGCUCACACCUCCCCGCUUGUGAGGGCGUUGUGUGCGUCGAACAGCACUUUCUCGUUUACUUCAAUGGUCAAUAUCGUUCUUGUGCAGUUAGUUGCCUUGAGAGGCUCUUUGCGACCGAGUUUGAAGGAACUGGAUGCACGGCAUGAGGCGGAUGUUGCGGUGAGGGAUUGUGUCUGGUCGCACUGGCGCUUUCACGUUCCUGUUCCGGAGAGGCCCACGCCAGAUGCGGCAGUUGCAUUCUGCCGCAUUUCUGAGGUACGGCUCCUCCUUCCAAAGGCCGCAGCGGGCGAAACGUAUGCGCGUUGUGGAAAAGAGAAUGUCUAUGGGCUUGUGACACCGGAAGAGUGGCUGUAUGACGCCGCGGUGAGGGCGGGUUUAAAGGCCAGCGGUGUGCAAACACCAUACUUUGCCGUGCUUGCUGAGUCGCUUAUGCCGCUCGGAGUGCUCAAGAACGACGCCGAGGCGCACGAGUUUGAAAAAGAAGCAGGGGAAGGAGGAUUUAUGCAACGUUUGAUGUCACCACUGCGUCACAAUAACGGUCGUGUGGCGGCGGUUCAGUGCACAAUCAUAGCCGGAAACACUGCGCAGAGCCAUUUUGAAGCGGCAAUGAACUUUACAGAGGAACGAGUUCAAGGCUUAAGGGGUUAUGAGGUGCUUGACAGGGGAGUUCGGGGGGCGUUUGGUUCCACGUCAGGGACCGCCGUGACACGUUUCUUCCUGACGCAGACUAUGCGUGGCCGCGACGCGCGCGAUGCACGCGUCCGGGGAUGGGAGGAACCACUGGAUGGUGUCUCCCCUUUUUGUGCUCUCUGGCAUCGCGAUUUGUUUGACGAGGCAGGGGGUUUUGUGCCCUCCUGCGGGAGUGGUUUGCUUGGUCCCAUGGAGGCUGCGGCGCCGAGCCACAUGGGCUGGGCACUGUCCUUUCGAAUUGCGAAGGCGCAACCCGAUUGGGAGUUUUGGAGCAGCACGGCGCUUGCCGUCGCCUGGCGUGGGUUGGGCCUGCAGUGCGGCGCCGCUCGGCCGGCUGCGGAGGGCUGUAGUGUAGCCGCCCUCGUCGGUGCCACGCGGCCAUCGUAUGCCUUGACUCCACUACAGCAGCAUCGGUGGGGGGCGUUUCUGACGGAGCGCAUUCGCCGGCGCGUUGUGCGGGGCUCCUGGCAACCCGUCAAGUACAACGCCCCCGCCUUUUCCGGGGUGGAGGCCGUGGAAGCCGUGAGUGAAGAGCUGGCGCACGUUACGGUGUACGGGAUGUACUGCCGGAUUCCGUGCAGUGGCAUGAUGAUGGAGAUGGUGCACUACCUGACACCGCUGCAGUCGUGGGGGGUGCCCAUCUCCAUGUCUGCCUCGCGUUGCUCCUGGUGCGACGCUUUGCCCGAGUACAUUCUGGAUGGGCUUCUCCGAACACACUGGCAGGAGGAAGGUGCCUCGCGGCCGCGGGUGCCACGGAUGCAGCGAGUGGCGUUGUUUCACGGCGCCCCGAGGUUGGGGAUGGGCUAUUUCGGCGGCAUGAAACCAAAUCGCGCUUAUGCCGUGGGUCGCAUCAUUACCGAAAUGUCUUGCCUCUCCUCCACGGAGGUGGAUCUCAUUCACCAAAACCUUGACGAGGUCUGGGUGCCUUCCGCCUUUUUCCAGUCUGUCUACGAGCGCUCCGGUGUUCGGCGCGGCAUGAUACGCGUGAUCCCGGAGUCCAUUGACCCCUUCGUCUUUGACCCGAGCCUCUACGAGCCGGUGGGGGCCUCGUUCUUGUCCUCGCUCCUCAGUGCGCAGCGAACGGGGGUGUGGAGCAACCGCCCACUUCGCGGUGGUGCGUGGAAAGCCGGGCAACGGCAGAGUUGGAACAUGAGUAAACGGCGUUUUCGUUUUUUGAGCAUUUUCAAGUGGGAGCAGCGCAAGGGGUGGGAUGUGUUGCUGAAGGCGUACUGGAAGGCCUUUGGCCCCGGCCAGCCACAUCAUGAUGACGUGGAGUUGUACAUUAAAUGCAGUUUUCCUGCCAACUACGCCGGCGGUGUAAACUACCGCUCGUUUCCCAGCUACAUCAACAGCUGGGUGCGGCAGCAGGCGGAAAUGGGCGGCGCCAUCGGAGACUUUCCGCCCAUUGUUAUGAUUGGCGACGGAACCUUGUCGCAGGAAGCCAUACUGUCUAUGUAUCGCUCCGUGGACGCCUUUGUGCUGCCCACGCGUGCGGAAGGCUGGGGCUUGCCCCUGAUGGAGGCCAUGUCGAUGGGGCUGCCCGUGCUGGUGACAAACUGGGGCGGCCCCACGGCGUUCUGUAGGCGCGACAACUCCUUCCUCAUCCCGGUGGACGGCCUGGAGGAGCUGCCGAAGUGGAGCGCGUACGGCUACCUGCCCGGGAAGAAGUGCGCGAUUCCAAGCGUGACGGGUCUGACGCAGUUGAUGCGGUACGUCUUUGAAAACCCCGCCUUGGCGAGGGAGGUGGGCCGCCGCGCACGUCAAAGUGUUCUGGCGAACUACACGGAAGAAGCCGUGGCGACGCAGGUGCUUCGGCGACUGCGGGAGAUUUCCCACAUGCUCUUGGUGCGGCAGCAUUACGCCUUCUCUGAGUUCGUGCUUUCGUGA